AUGGAGAUACCUACAGACAUCAAAGAGUCUACCACCAAAUCAAUCAUAAUCAUUCGAAACAUCCAUGGUGAUUUAACUGAAGAAGAUAUCACUGGUUUAUUCGUCAAGAUUUCUCCAGUGGAAUUCUUCAAGUUCCACCCCGAGGAUAGAGCUAUUGGAUAUUUAGUGUUUGAAGAUGAUAAAUUCAAUUAUAAAGCCAUAAAACAAUUCAAUGGAAAAAAAGCUAUGGGAAACACAUUAGUCGUGGAAGAAAGUAACCCAAAACCUUUAAAAGAAAGAAUUAUCACUAAUGGGAGAGGAUCUAGAUCUGUUGGACCAAAAGGUACUAGAUCAAGACCAAAAGCAGGUAAAGAAAGAGGAUUCAAAGGACCUAAACCUAAAGGAAGAAAGAUUGAAAAGAAGACAGCUGAACAAUUAGAUGCUGAAUUAACAGCUUAUAUGAAUCAAUAA